GCGGGUGGGAGGAGGUGCCGGUCCAGAGGCCCCUCCUGGUCUGGGUCUGUCCUUGGGGAGCCCAGUGUGAACACAGAGUCUUCCUUCGCUUUGUGUUGCUGACGCUGACGCCCCUUCCCAGGCUGAUGCUGAUCCUGGCCCUUUCCAGAGUGUUGGAGCUGCAGUUGGUUGCUGGUAAGAGACCUUGGUUCCUUGGGUCACCAGCAGUCGGACGCGCCCUGGCACGGGCCCCACGACUUGGUUUUGUCCUUAGGGCUGGGCCACCAUGGACGUCCCUCGCCGGGAGGCCUGGCGGUCCGAGCGGGCAGCCUCCGGCCCCAGGAGGAGCCGGCGAUUCGUCACUGGCCUCUCCAGGGGGUGCCACCCAUGAGAACCCAGGACAGUAAGGAGCUCAACAGGACCUGCUGCCUGAACGGAGGAACCUGCAUGCUGGGGUCCUUCUGUGCCUGCCCUCCCUCCUUCUAUGGACGGAACUGUGAGCACAACAAGCACAGAGAGAACUGCGGGUCCGUGCCCCACGACACCUGGCUGCCCCGGAAGUGCUCCCUGUGCAAGUGCUGGCACGGCCAGCUGCGCUGCUUCCCCCAGACGUUCCUGCCGGGCUGUGAUGGCCACGUGAUGGAUGAGCGCCUGGCGGCUGCCAGCGCCCCAGGACCGACGCUGUCCGCAGGCACCGCGCUCCUGCUGGGUGGCACCUGCCUCGCUUUGAGAAGUUCACAUUAGCCGACCUUCAGUGCAGCAUUUGUCACGGACUUCACGCCCCGUCAAGGCUGGCCUCCCCUUCCCAGAGCCGAUUGCUUGCUAGCUGCCUUGAAGUGGGGACUGGGUUCCAUCACGGUCCCUGACAGUCCUUAUGGGACAGGAAUGCUUCGAUAUUGCGUGUGGUGCCAGGCCAUGGCAGUGAAGCGAACGUCGGAAUAAAGCGAGUCACACCGAUGUCUUGGUCCUCAGUGCACACAGUUAUGUUUACACUGUAUUGUGGUGUAUGGCAUGUGCAAUGGUGUUAUGUCUAAAACAACGUACAGACCUUAAUUUAAAAUAUUUUGUUUCUGAAAACUGUUUGCCAUCAUUCGAACCUUCUGUGAGUUGUCAUCCUAGCAGGUAAGAGGUAUUACUUUCAAUUUGUAAAAAAAACAAA